AUGGCGGCCUCCCCUCGGACGGUGCUGAUCUCCGGAUGUUCUUCAGGAAUCGGCCUGGAACUUGCUGUCCAGCUGGCUCAUGAUCCUAGGCAGUGUUACCAAGUGGUAGCCACCAUGAGGGACCUUGGAAAGAAAGAGGCCCUGGAGGCAUCUGCUGGGAGUGCUCUGGGGAAGACUCUCACGGUGGCGCAGCUGGAUGUGUGCAAUGAUGACUCAGUGGCCCAGUGCCUCAGUCACAUCCCAGGAGGGGACGUGGAUGUGUUGGUGAAUAACGCAGGAGUGGGGCUGGUGGGCCCCCUGGAGGGGCUCAGCAUAACUACCAUGCAGAAUGUCUUUGACACCAACUUUUUUGGGGCCAUCCGUCUGGUCAAAGCUGUGCUUCCAAGCAUGAAGAAGAGGAGACGGGGUCACAUCGUGGUGGUCAGCAGUGUCAUGGGACUGCAAGGUGUCAUGUUCAAUGAUGUCUACGCCGCCUCCAAGUUUGCCCUGGAAGGAUUCUUCGAGAGCCUCGCCAUCCAAUUGCUUCAAUUCAAUAUCUUCGUCUCCCUGGUGGAGCCCGGCCCAGUGAUCACAGAGUUCGAGGGGAAGCUGUUGGCUCAGAUCUCUACGAGUGAGUUUCCAGGGGCUGAUCCUGACACCUUGGCCUUCUUCCGGGAUCUCUACCUCCCAGCCUCCGCGGAGCUCUUCCGCUCCGUGGGUCAGAGCCCACAGGAUGUGGCCAAGGUCAUCGUCAAGGUCAUCGGUGCAACCCGACCUCCCCUGCGAAGACAGACCAAUGCGCGCUAUGCUCCUCUGACAGUGCUCAGAGCUGUGGACCCCUCAGGCGGCCUGUACGUGCGGAUGGCCCACAGACUCCUCUUCCGCUGGCCAGGCCUCCUCAGCCUGGGCCUUCGAUGCCUGGCCGGUGGUUGCUUCCCCAAACGUGUGUGGCCAGGAUGA